AUGGCCUUCCGCCUGACCUACCGUCGCCAGUGUCGCUACAACACCAAGUCGAACAAGCAGCGGGUCGUGAAGACACCCGGUGGCCGAGCGGUGUACCAAGCUAUCAAAAAGAAGGCCAAGGGCCCACACUGCGGCGACUGUGGCAAGGCGCUGAUUGGCCUUCCGCGCUUGCGUCCGAUUGAAUACUCCCGGCUGAAGAAGCGCGAGAAGCGUGUCAAUCGUGCCUAUGGUGGAUCCCGAUGUGCCCACUGCGUUCGCGAACGGAUUGUGCGAGCCUUCCUGAUCGAGGAGCAGAAGUGCGUCAAGCAGGUGCUUGCCGAGAAGCUUUCGCAGGCCAAGGAAAAGGCAAGGGUCGCCACCUCGGUGCACGGUCUGAACGGGAUCCUACACUUCGCCAGCAGGGCGCUCAACGCGGAGUCAGUGGAAUCGUGGUCAGGUGUUGCAGAGCACGAGGUGCAAGAGUCUGCCUAUGCCAUCACGAGUUUCGCGGCUGCGGACUGCAACUGGAUAUCGCGCAUGGACACAAAGCUCACAAAUAUUAAGUUGCCAUGGGAGCCCGCGGCACCAGACUUGCCCAGCUCGCAGAUGAGCCUGUGGAAGGAGUGCGUUGCUCGCAUCAAUGAGCAUUGUUUCAGGUUUGCUUGCCGGUACGCGGCGUCCAUCACCUGUGUGGCCUUGGUAACAGGCGGCGAGGAGGGAGGCUGUUGCGUUUGCGGCCUCAGUGACGGCGCAGUUGGCUUCCAGAAGAUGAGCGCUCCGAGCGGUGUGUCUCGUGGCGCCACCUUGCCACUGCUGAAACACACUGCGGCAGUGUCUGCGCUGGCCGUGGAUGAACGGGCGCAGUGGCUGUUUUCCGCAAGCAAGGACAACGCACUGAAGGUGUACGACCUGGUGAGGCAGAUGAUGCAGUGUGAGACGCAUUCACCAACCCCCACGACUUCGAUGCAUUUUGAAGAGGCGCAGCAGAGGCUCUUCACUGGCUUGCAGAAUGGUCAAAUCGCGGUUUGGGACACGUCCAUCCUUCCUUUGACGCUGCUUUGCAGUAUUGCCGAUGGUUCAGCGACAGCUUCCAGGUGUGGAGCUGUGGAGUGA